AUGAAAUUGAAAAAGAGCAAAAGAGAAGGUACAGUGAGUGAGUAUCCCGCACCAUCUUAUCGUAAUUCAGCACCGUGGAUUGGCCCACUAGCAGACAAAGACACCAAGGAAUCAGUACGUCGCCAGCACAAAAUGAUGAUAGCAGAAAAACAUGCAACAAUUCGACAAAGACCAAAAACUGCGAACCAAAAAAGAAAAGGGCUCGUAAAAACUGGCCCAGAAAAGGGCAAAGGAGUGUUGAUUUGUAGACCUGCUACUGCAGCACCCUUUAACUUUGGUUUUGUUAAAGACAAACAAGUAAAUGUUAAAAUUGAUGCGAAAUGUGAUGGAAAUGUAGCAUGUCUUGAAUCUUUCAAUGUAAAUGUUGGAGGUAAUCGAAUGACUGUGAGUUCUCAACAAGAAAUUAAAACUGACGGAAUUCCAAGGGAGGCAUUGCCGUUUUUUUGGCAUGGAUUUCAAGUGUCGAAUAGGAGGCAAUUUUUGUGGAUUGAAUGCUCAGAAUAUAUUAUCAAGAUGGAUGUAAAAACUAAAGCCUUGUCAAUUUCAAUGAUAAAGAAUAAUUAUGAUGGUAGUGUACAAGGUUUGUGUGGAAAUGCGAACAAUAUUGGUCUUGAUGAUUGGAAAACUAGAACAGGAGUUGUCAUACAUGAUGUACAGGUGUUUAUACAUGACUGGGCAACUACCAAUGGAUGUCCACAAGAUUCUUUAUCUGAUGAAUAUUCUGAAUAUUUGGAUUUUGACUAUCUAUGCGACAUAAUGUACACAAAGGAAUUUGGGGAUUGUAUGGAUUAUUUGGAUUUUAAACCAUAUUAUGAACUAUGUCGUCGAGACAUGAGCCGAUGCGAUCCAACCACAACAUUAGAUUGUCAUUGCUCUGUACUUACACAACUAUCAAGGGAUUGUGCAAGAGCUCUUCAUCCAGUUGAAGACUGGAGAAGAGAAACAAUGUGUGCAAGAAAUUGUCCAGCAACUCAGUAUUUUACAGAGAGAGCUCCAGGUUGUCCUCAUACCUGUGAAACAGUAGAAGAAAUUGACUGUGGCGUAAGAGAAAGUGACAAUUGUGUUUGUAAUAAAGGUGUUUCUAUGGUAUAUGGCAGUCUACAUUUCAAAACAUAUGAUGGAAAGUGGUUCGACUUCAAAGGAACCUGCACUUACACAUUAGUUCAGUACAACGAAGAAAUUGAAUUUAAUAUUGUUGUGAACACUGCAGAAUGUACAAAAGCGCUUUCUUGCUUGAGGAGUGUGAAGUUUAUAUCAAGUAGCACGAGUUUAGAAUUGACGACCAAUAUUCAUAGUCCAGCAAUUUUGUAUGAAUCAGGCAAUUCUGAUGGAAUACCAUUAACAAUACCAUUUUUUGAAGAUUCAAUUAAAAUUGAAUAUAUCUCUUCACUCUACAUCCUUGUAACUAUCGAAAAUUUGGAUGUGCGUAUAUUAUGGUUUAUAAAUGGUGGAUUGACUGUAGAAGUUCCUUUAUCAUAUCAUGGCAAGUUGAAGGGGAUGGCUGGAACAUACACUGGUCUAACAACUGAUGACUUUUUGACAUAUGACAAUAUGACUGCUAACACUGCAACAGAUUUUGGCAAUAAAUGGGCAAUCAAUAACACAGGGUCAUGUACGCCGGUUGAUCCAAUAAGUCAUGAUGAUGCUGAAAUGUUAAGAGAUCCCAGCAUCGAUGAAAAGUGCAAAAUGUUGUAUUCUGUGUUCAAAGAUUGUCUGCCAUAUACUGAGAGUCAUACAUUUUAUGCAAAUUGUCAAGUAGAUCUUGUCGCUUGUCAAAAUUCAUUAUCUUGUUUAUGUGAUUCUCUUGCUGCGUAUGCACAACAUUGUGCAGGAUAUGGAGUGACAAAUACAAAUUGGAGAAGUUCGUUUGGUUGUGAAAUAAAUUGCCCAGAAACACAAGAAUAUAUGGAGUAUGGCACCAGGUGUGGCCGUACUUGCAGAUCGAUAUCAGAGCCUGAAGCAUGCCAAAAACAUCACUUUGCAGAAGGAUGCAAUUGUCCUGAUGGCAAAUUUCUUAACUCGGAUGAUAAAUGUGUUGAUAUUUCUGAUUGUGGAUGUUACAAAGGUACAAAUUGGUAUCAUCCUAGGGAAGCCUUUUACCCCAUUCCCUCAACUAUAUGUGAAUGUAUUCAUGGCAGAAUUGAAUGCACACGAGAUGAUUCAACUGAUGGUUGUGUGUGCCCUGAAGGUUUAUUAAGAAGUAAUGAUGGAUGUAUACAUCCAAAUGAAUGUUUGUGUUCAUACAAUGGAAAAUACUAUCAUAAUGAAGAAUCAUUUUCUGAUAAUUGUCGAACUUGUACUUGUGAAUUGGGAAAAUGGAAUUGCAUAGAAACCCCAGAGGAUUGCCUUGCAGAAUGCAGCGUUCUUGGCGGUAUAUUCUUCAAUUCAUUCGAUUCAAAGCAGUUCACAUCACUUUCAAUAUGCGAACAAAUCCUAGUUAAAGAUGGAUGCGGUCAAACAGCUCAUGAAAAUUUGAAAAUAUACAUGAAAAAUGAAUAUUGUAUGGGUGGCGAUGAUAAUAUUUGUAGUAUUGGAAUUACUGCUGAAAUAGAUACAAGCAAAAUAUCAAAAGUGGUUUAUAAAGAUAUUAACAAUAUCACACCAUUGAAACAGCAUAUUACAUACCACAUUGAAAAUGGUGAAAUUUCCAUUAUUGACAAAAGUCAUGAAGUUGUUGAUCCACAACAUACAAUCUCUAAGAAAGGAAGGUUCCAAGUAAUUUCGAGUCAUUCUGGCAUAAGUUUGGCAUUUGAUGAAUCAACAACAAUUUAUGUUUAUCUGACUUAUGAAUACAAGGGAAAAGUGUGUGGCAUAUGUGGGAACUUUGAUGACGAUGCACAUAAUGACAUGAAUUCACCUUCUCAAAUGUUAGAGACACAACCAAGUGAUUUUAUUGAUAGCUGGAAGACAAACAAAGAGUGUCAAAGUGUAUCACAAAGUUACGAAAAGAGUUAUUGUAAUAUGCAUCCAACUAGGAAGGAGUUUGCUUUUGAACAAUGCAGCAUUUUGAAAGAAAAUCCUUUUAAGCAAUGCCAUCUAUAUGUUGAAUAUGAUAAAUACUAUGAAAGCUGUGUGGAAAUGACUUGCUCGUGUCAUAGUGGAGGAGACUGUGAAUGCUUUUGUAAUGCAGUGGCUGCAUAUGCUCAUCAAUGUGGACAGCAUGGAGUUAUAAUUAAUUGGAGAAGUGAAGCACUAUGUCCAAUGAUGUGCGAGAGCAAUAACCUUGAUCUAUACAUCUGUUUGUAUCAGUAUGAUAGCUGUGGUUCCACUGAUGGAAGAGUAUGCUGUGAUGACAAUGAUGCUUCAACUUAUGGUGUUUGUUAUGAAGGAUGCUUCCCUAACUGUCCGGAAGGAAAACAAUUUGAAAGAUCAUCACAGAUGUGUGUACCAAUAAAUGAAUGUGAUUGUCCUUCCUCAACGACAACAACAGUUACAGAGUUCACGAGCACUUCUCACAUAACAUCUCCAACUAGUCCAGAAAUACAAAUGAAUAUGACAACUACUUCUCCCUCAGCAUCGUCUGCGAAAAUUUCAACAACGGAAGAGUACACUGUUACACAUCCUGCAGAAACAUCUGUAUAUUUAGGUUCCUCCGCAGGGGGCUCAGAUUCUCCUGUAUUUCUUGCUUUUUUCAAUAGAGAUUUCGAAUUAAAAGACAAUACAUUAGAUUCUAUCUUGAUCUUGCGGACGUUGAAAAUAAUUGUUGAAGUUAAACUUGAGAGUGUAAAAUCUGUCUCUACUCCCUUGAGUACAUCAAAAAUUAGCUCUCCAUCAACAGGAAUUGUCUUCACUACUGGACAAACUAGCAUAUCAGGUGUAUUUAGUUCUACACCAUUACCAGGAACUGGGCCAAGUUCCGAACAAGAGACUAGACCACCAGCUGGAAUUAGUUCUACAUCAUUACCAGGAACUGGAACUGGGUCAACAAUACCAGGAACUUGGCCAACUUCCGGAAAUAGAACUGGACCACCAGGUGGAGUUAGUUCUACACCAUUACCAGGAACUGGGCCAACGAUACCAGAAACUUGGCCAACUUCCGGAAAUAGAACUGGACUACCAGGUUCAGUUAGUUCUACACCGUUACCAGGAACUGGGCCAACAAUACCAGGAACUUGGCCAACUUCCGGAAAUAGAACUGGACCACCAGGUGGAGAACUGGCCAACUUCGAACAUGAGACUAGACCAUCAGGUGGAGUUAGUUCCACACUAAUACCAAGAACUGGGCCAACUUCCGAACAUGAGACUAGACCACCAGGUGGAGUUACUUCUACACCAUUAUCAGAAACUGGUCCAACUUCCGAACAUGAGACUAGACCAUCGGGUGGAGUUGGUUCUACACUAUUACCAGGAACUGGGCCAACUUCCGGAAAUGGAACUGGACCACCAGGUGGAGUUAGUUCUACAUUAUUACCAGGAACUGCGCCAACUUCCGAAAAUGGAACUGGCCCACCAGGAACUGCGUCAACUUCCGAAAAUGAAACUGGACCACCAGGUGGAGUUAGUUCUACAUCAUUACCAGGAACUGGGCCAACUACAGAUCAUGAGACCAGACCACCAGGAUUUGGCUGUUCCAAAGAUGAGUACUCUUGCUUGGACCGAACGCAAUGCAUUCCAUGGUAUAUGUUUUGCGACGGAAUUCGUAAUUGCAGAGAUGGAAGCGAUGAAUUUGCCCCGAAUACAACUUUAAACGGGAGGGCUUGUCGAAGAAAUAUUUACAUCUGUGAUCUCCCUCGUCAUGAAAAAAUUAAUGAAGUAACUAUCUGCAAAAAAGGUGAAAACAUUUAA